AUGGCUUCCACCGGUAGCACGUUUCUUAGAUUUGGUGUAAAGAGGUUUACCUCCUUAUUGCAGUGUGGCACUGGUAGAAGCAUCCAUUCUGCAAAGUCAUGUUUUAAACAGUUUAGACCUAAGGCGAUGGAACAAACAAGACAAUUUUGUACAGGUUCAAAGCUUCUGUCUGCCUCUGUCCAGAACCCAGCACCAGAUUUCAAAGGGACUGCUGUUGUUGAGGGUCAGUUCAAAGAUAUUUCCUUAGCAGACUUCAAGGGCAAAUAUCUUGUGCUGUUUUUCUAUCCAUUAGAUUUUACAUUUGUGUGUCCAACCGAGAUCAUCGCAUUUAGUGACAACAUACAAAGAUUUCGCGACCUCAACACAGAAGUAAUAGGUGUGUCCACAGACUCACACUUCAGUCAUUUUGCCUGGAUCAACACACCAAGGAAGCAAGGAGGUUUAGGUGGUCUGAAUUAUCCCUUGCUGGCAGACUUCAACAAAGAGAUCUCGCGUGACUAUGGUGUUCUUCUUGAAGAUGAUGGAAUGGCAUUACGGGGAUUAUUUCUAAUAGAUCCGGAAGGCAUUGUGCGACAGAUAACUAUAAAUGAUCUACCGGUGGGACGGUCAGUGGAUGAAACUAUAAGACUCAUACAGGCAUUUCAGUUUGUGGAGAAACAUGGUGAAGUGUGUCCAGCCAAUUGGAUACCAGAUGGUGCUACCAUUAAGCCAAAUCCUGUUGAAUCCAAAGAAUACUUUGAGAAAGUCAAUGUCAGUUAACGAAAGUUGAAUUGGAGCUGUUUAAAGUGUCAUACACUGGCUUUAUAUGGAAAUUGAAAUCAUGGACAACAAAAUACUCAACUAAAUGUACCUGUUAUGUGUAAAGUUCUCUUUUGAUGUAUUUUUACUUAUGCUUGUGUUUACUUUGACAGUUUUUACCCAGGAAGUGAAAUAACAUCUAGUCAUAGUCUAUAUCUACACCAUUGCUCUAAGAUAUAAUUUCCAUGUUAAUUGUACAAUUUUCUAAAUCAAUGUUUUUUUUUAUAUUUUAGUUGAAGUUUUGAUCUAUUUGUUCAUUUCAGUAACUUUGUUGUAAGUAAACUAAAUCAACUCAUUCAUGUUAAUUAUCCCCCUUUGAGUUGUACAUUUUUGUCACGGGUCAACGCAAAGAUACACCAACAGUCCUACUCAUCAAACAAUCAGAAAUGAAGAAAACAGUUCAGUAUGUAUUUUUCAUUGAAAACAAGUAUGUUGUAAAAUUGGACAAAUGUUUUGUAAUUUCUAUAAUUUAUGCUAAAAAUUCUCAAAUUCUCAAAAAAAAUGAGCAAGAAAACAAAUAGUCUUAAAAUGCAAAUAAGGGAAUUGACCCACAACUAAAGGCUUACUCAACUUGUUCAAAAGGCAGUGGCCAUCAGAUUAUAUAGGCAUAUCACUUGUUUGGAUUCCACUGAAUUCCAUACUAUACCAGAAGGAAAUCUAUAUUAAACAGCCAAUCAUACUCGCUAAUCUCAUCAGAAGUUUAUUUAUUCAAUUUCUUUAGAUUUUAGUUUGUGGUUUUUUGCAAAUUAAAAUUUGGCCAGAUUUGUGUUGUAUCAAGGUAAUAUUUAGUAUGAAUAUACAAUGUAAUACAGGUACAUGCAUUUUUAGGUCAUCUGACCUGAAGGGUCAAGAUGACCCAUAGUCAUUGUGCUUUAUCCGUGGCCAUGCAUAAACUUUUUCUUUAAAACUCUACUCCUCUUUCAUACCUAGAAGGAUUUCAACCAAAUUUGGUCUGAAACAUCAUGGAACGUUGAGAAUUAUUUCUUAAAUUCAGAAAGUUGAUUCAACACCUAGGGACUUGGUGGUGGGGCCCCAAAAGGGGAAGUUAGAUAAGAUUUUGCUUCAAAAUGCUACACUUUCUUCAUGCUUUUAUGGAUUUCAACCAAAUUUAGUCUAAAACAUCAUGGAGAGAGAGGAAUUAUUUCUUAAAUAUAGAAAGUUGAUUGACCACUAGAUAAUAGGCAUGACAUUGACCCACUUUCAAGGUCACAGGUUUCAAAUGUGUUAAAAUGGUUAAAUGACUUCUUCUCAAUAACCGAAAGGCCAAGGGUGCAGAUAUUGGACCAACUUUCAAGUGCAGAGGGGUCAAAUGUGUUAAAAAACUUAAGCAACUUCUUUUCAAUAACUGAAAGACCAAGGGUCUUGAAUUUGGGCCUGUAGCUUGUUUUUACAACAAGCAAUAUGUCCAGAAAAAUGGAAAUAGUGUACUGCAUGUAUAAAGAAUAUGACUUCAAGUUUGCAGAAAACAUCUUGAUGACCCAGCAAUGUCUUCUAUGAAGCUAUACAGUAUCUGAGCCAUUUAUUUUUGGCCUAUUUUGCCUCUUUCGUAUAUAAGUCUUUAUAGUCAGAUGACUGUUAAGGCCCUUGUACCUCUUGUUACAUACACAAGGUGUAUUCUUAGUUUGUUUGGAUAUGUAUAUGUGACUUCUGGUUUGGAUGGUUUUACCGAUACUUUAGUAAGUGAUUGUGUGUACAACAUGUUAUUGCACGUAAAUAUCUAUUACAAAUGUUUUUGUUUUUAAAUAAUACUGUUAACCAUGUCAACACAACGUGAUGUUGACUUUUCAGCUUUAUUUAACAGUAUACAAACUCCUUUUUUUCCAGCCAAACAGUUUACAUUUGGUUUCUAUUUUCCUGAAAGUAACAUGCACAAUCAUUUCUGUUGUACAUUCUAGUUACUUUUAAGCCGUAUAAUAACACUACAAUGGAGAUGUCAGAAGAUUUUUCUGUUCUUCUUUCCCAGAAAUCCCUGUACUUGAGUGACCGGUGUUGUUGAUAUGAUAAUCAGUAAAAGAUAUUCAUCCUGAUGAUAUUAAAAGUAAAUAUUGAAUAUGGUAAGCAUGUUAAUUCAGCAGACAUCAGUAUGAUUAGCAUAGAAUUUUUUGUCUUUAAAAAAGGAGUCUAAACUAGACAUUGAUGUGAUAGAAAAACCUAAAUAGGGUAUAGCAUAGGAUAUCCCUGUCUGAGGUGAGAGAAAAGUAAAUAAAGACAUAACAUUUUUGUUUUACAUUCGAUUCAGCACCAACAUUAAAUAACAGUAGUUUGUUUAUCAAACAGACUUUAAACAAUAUACACUGUCACAGCUUUUCAGCAGACAAAGAAUCAACAGAAGUAAAAAACUGGACACUGGCAUAAGAUGGACCUUAAAACACAUUCAAUUGGCUUCCAAUAAUUAUAAGUCAAAACUGGACACUGCCUUCACACCGACCUUAGUACAGAUUCAGCAUUGCCUUCAAUGGUAGUCAAAACUGGACACUCUCACCACACAGACCAUGUACAGAUUCAGCAUUGCCUUUAAUAGUAGUCAAAACUGGACACUGUCACCACACAGACCUUGUACAGAUUCAGCAUUGCCUUCAAUAUUAGUCAAAACUGGACACUGUCACCACACAGACAUUAGUACAGAUUCAGCAUUGCCUUCAAUAGUAGUCAAAACUGGACACUGUCACCACACAGACUUUGUACAGAUUCAGCAUUGCCUUCAAUAGUAGUCAAAACUGGACACUGUCACCAAAGAGACAUUAGUACAGCUUCAGCAUUGCCUUCAAUAGUAGUCAAAACUGGACACUGUCACCACACAGACCUUGUGCAGAUUCACCAUUGCCUUCAAUAGUAGUCAAAACUGGACACUGUCACCACACAGACCUUGUACAGAUUCAGUACUGCCUUCAAUAGUAGUCAAAACUGGACACUGGUCAUACACUCGUUUGUUCAGAUUCGGAACAUUAUGCACAGCUGUAAAGUGAUUAACACUACAGAUCGGUAUCUGCCUCCUCUGGUUGAGCAAAGUUUAGAUAUUAUUAAGGUCACAUCAUACGCAUUGCUUCUGCAAGAAUAUUCAAUUUGACACUGACAUAUCGAUAUUUCUUAUGAUAGCUUUUAAUCUGGUGUUAGUUCUUUUUAAUAUUAUAUAUCACAGGAUAAUCCAAGAUGAUAUGUUCUUAAGAUUAGUAUUGUGACAUUUUAUUUCUUUGUCCGGUGUUUGUGUCUUUGCUUCAAAAUGCUUUUUCCCUUUACAGAUGUUCCACUAUACAAGGUUAAAGGGUUUCCUACGACAUAAUAUGCGACAUACAAUAUUACGUUUAUUUUUUCUGUUGCAGUAUAUUUCCUUAAAACUCCAGAAGACAAUAAAUUUAAUAUUGAUUGGUUGAAAUUCGAAAAUACUCAUUACCAGGGUUUCAAUAUUAAUUCUUCUGAGUUAUAGUGUUGGAACGUUUUGCCAGUGUUAUGUACGGAAUACAUAUAUGUCAAACUUUACAUUUUGCGGUGGAGAGUAUGAUAGAGGAUAUCGACAUACAUUUUUUCUAUCUCGACCAGUUUUUCUUAACAUGACACGUAAAUCAUAUCAACUUACUUAUUUUACAGCUGUGAUUUUUACAACACAUCCAACCUCAGUCCGUGUGUUUAUUUUUAUUUACUUUAUAUUUCUUGCUUUGUUCAGUAUCUACUAGUGAUGGACAUUUUUUCACGUGGUACGUGCCGUUUGGUAUAUAUCAAUUAACAUAAAUAUAUUCCAAAGGUUAUAGUCCUAGCUUAGAUUGAGCUUUUUCUGUCGUUAAGACACAUGGUAAACAUCUUAAAAUUCGGGUACAAAUUUGCUUUUUGAUAUUUUAUCAAGGUUAACUAUGACAAUUUUUCUUUAUUUCUGUGUUCAUACAAGAUUUACCGUUUGUAAUAGUUGUUGUUAUAGUAGAAUCUUGCCAAGGAAACGAAUUACAUCAUCGUAUUAAAAAUUGACAAAAUUUCUGAAUAAAGACCUGUAUCUCAAUUGUUUUUAUAUCUCGAUUUUAACUUGUGAAAAUAAAUAAAAA